AUGGAAUCGAAGAGCUCUACGACUGGAAACCGUGAUAACCCUAAUAGAAACCUUCACGGAUCGAAGACCAUGAUGGCGUCCCACUUCCUAAGAGCCCUCUUUCGUAUACAGCAGACGUCCACGAGCAGCUCCUCCGCCGGGCGAAGCCGCAGAAUAAGGCGCGCUGCUUAUGCGUCCAUGGCCUACUCGGCCGGGACACGGCGGGCGUGGAGCCGUGCUUUGCUACGGAAGCUCCGCAGCCGAGCUCGCCUCCGGUUUCCGAGGAGGCUGUCUAGGGCUGCGACACCCCAGCGGAGGGACAUGGAUCAAGCGCAAGUUCUUCGCAAGUUGGUGCCGGGAGGGCCAAGCAUGGACGACUGCAAACUGCUGGAGGAGACAGCGGACUACAUAAGGUUCCUUACCACGCAGGUACGGCUCAUGCAGACGGUCAUGGACUCGGUCUCUUCUUAG